CCCCUUAUCCUAUGUUAUAAAUUUCCUAAAUCUGGUUUAUAGUGAGAAAUUUCUGCAGAGUGUAUUUUUUUCCAUUGACGACGAACAUGACCUAGACUAUCAACUUCCCCCCACAAAUAUUUCUAUUGACAAUCUUCCAUCUGUGACAGACUAUAACCAUAUUGCUAGGCUAUAGCUGUCAUUUGAGGUUGCGUAACCUGUUUCUCAAUGUUUGUACAGUGCUUUUAAGAUGCAAGACACUAUGUAAGUGUGAAGUAGUAGUGUUAUCCUACUGAAGAGAGCAAAGGCUUAGCAUCUGUGAUGUCUUCCAUGAGUUUGCUACAUAUCUGUCCAUUUUGCUAGGAUGCAGUGCUGUUGUUGGAUUAUGGCAAACACCGAGCCAGUCUAUUAAUGCAGCCUAUACUCUUUUGGAGAAGAGAGUGGGACAAGGAGAACGUGCAGUCUAUGAACAACCUGUAGCUAGUUCUUUUAAUUAAUGGGAAUUAAAGACAUCUUGAACAUGUUUGUUAUAGAGCCGUGGUGAUGACUCCAAGAAGUGGGGUUGUAACCAGGUUUCAUUAAAUACCUGGAGUGAAAAUCUGGGCCCCAUUGAAACCUAAUGGCAAAACUUCCAUUGACUACAAUGGGGCCAAGAUCUCCCUUCCUAUUUUUUGGCUCCCUCUUCCACAGCUGUCUUGGGAAACUGGUUUGGUUUGGCCUAAAAUUCACUAGAUUUAAUGUUCUAAAAAUCUUGAAGAAAAUUGUGAAAUUGUCUGAGUAGUGGAUCAUUUACAAGAUAAAUAGCUUAAUGUGAUAUUUUGGGGUUCUUCUGUUGGGGGGGAGGGGGAACAAUUUAGGCAUGUCUGUUAACUUUUAUUACGCUCAGCUCAACACUAACGCCGCCCAACUCCACAUUUAAAUUGUUGAGCAAGUCAGUGGCUGAAAAGUACAAUUCUUUCAUAAUAAAACUGGUUGGCUUAGUUAUCUAAUUCUCCUGUUAUUUCAGAAUGUGUUUAUUAAUGAAAUCUGCAUUUAUUCAUAUCUAAAACUAUGAUUUUGACGGAUUCCUUAGAUAAGACAAAGUUUUUUCAUCUAAAGCUUUGAAACAUUGAUUAAAUGUAUGGACACUGUUUGAAUCUGAUUUGCACAUCUAGAAGUUUUCUUCUGAUGCAGUGCAACUGUGUCUGGUGUAACUUGGCUUAAUUAGUACUGCUCAGUGAUUUGGGACUGGUAUCAAAGACUCUUAUUUUAGCAAAAACAUAGUUAGUUAAAGCUAAAGCUGUGACCUCCUCUCUGUUCAUGUUGGACCAAAGUAUACGCUGCACCAAAAGGCAUUGUUUAACUUCAUCUUUCUCUUUUAUGCUGCAAAUCAAUUUGCUUGUAAUUUAGUUCUGAUAUUAAUAUCCUUCUCUGAUUAACCAUUAUAUUUUUAUAAUAAUGGGUUGGGAGAAUUCAACAGAAAUACAUAGUAGAGCUACAUGGAAUAUUCACUACUUCAGAAAGUGUGUCUCUAAUAGAAAUAUUUAAAUACAAAGCUAUUAAUCUUUUUACUUAAUGUGGGGCUCUUCUUAUAAUUGUGAAAAUCUGAGUACCAUCAAGGACUACUAAAAUAUAAAAGAUACAUAGAAUUUAUACAUUCCUGUCUAGUCCUGCCCUGAUGUAACUCUGCAAUUUCCUUUAUUACAUAGACUACACAUUAAAUGCUUUCCCUUUAAUAUUAGAGCUAUGCACAUUACAAUAGGUGUCACUGUGCUGCUGGGUCCAAUCGUUAUCAGUGACUUCAGCUAUUGGCUCAGAACACUGGCUGUCUGACUCCAUCUGCAGGGCUGUAAUACCUACUCUGUUCAGAUCCAUUCAACACACAAGUUCAGCCAGCUGAACAGCCUAGCAGUGCUACGGCACAUCUUGCUAGCCUAAUUCAACAAGCCAGUGCGAUAGUUAGAUGCAUACUCUCUUUGCACAGCGUAGCACUUUGAGGUGAUUCAGUUUCAGGAAAUCUGGAAAAGAGCUUGCAAGUAAAUAAAACUGGGAGUCAUGAUGGAGAUGUAUUUAACAAGUCAAAUACUGGAUCAAACUUAAAGCCAGUUUCUUAUUCAGUACCCUGAAAAGGUCACCUUGUCUUGCUGGAAAAGAAGCAAAAUCUCAGCUUUGCUGCUUUUUAUUUAACAGCUUGGCUCCCACUUAAAUUUUCUUCAUGUUCUUACCUAGUUAGGCUAUCUAGCUAUACAAACAAGGAUACUCAUGGUAGAUGACAAGGGAAAGAACAUGAAAUGUCUCACCUUCUUCUUGAUGCUUCCAGAGACAGUCAAGAACAGGUCCAAGAAAAGCUCUAAGAAAGGAAACAGUAGCAGCAGCAGCAGCAGCAAGUUGCCUCCAGUUUGCUAUGAAAUCAUUACCUUGAAGACCAAAAAGAAGAAGAAGAUGGCUGCUGAUAUUUUUCCCAGAAAGAAACCAGCCAACACUAAUACAACUGCUGUCCAGCAAUACCACCAACAAAACCUCAACAACAACAACACUAUCCCUGCCCCCAAUUGGCAAGGGCUUUAUCCCACCAUCCGAGAGAGAAAUGCAGUGAUGUUCAACAAUGACUUGAUGGCAGAUGUUCAUUUUGUGGUUGGGCCACCAGGUGGGACCCAGCGGUUGCCAGGACACAAAUACGUCUUAGCUGUCGGGAGCUCUGUAUUCCAUGCAAUGUUUUACGGAGAGCUUGCUGAGGACAAAGAUGAAAUUCGUAUACCAGAUGUUGAGCCUGCCGCUUUUCUCGCUAUGCUGAAAUACAUCUAUUGUGAUGAAAUUGACUUAGCUGCUGAUAACGUGCUGGCCACUCUUUAUGCUGCCAAGAAGUACAUCGUUCCUCAUCUUGCCCGAGCAUGUGUCAACUUCCUAGAGACGAGCCUAAGUGCAAAGAAUGCCUGUGUGCUGCUCUCCCAGAGUUGCUUAUUUGAAGAACCUGACCUGACCCAGCGCUGCUGGGAAGUGAUUGAUGCCCAAGCAGAGCUGGCUUUGAAAUCUGAGGGGUUCUGUGAUAUUGAUUUUCAGACGCUUGAAAGCAUCCUCCGAAGGGAGACGCUGAAUGCCAAAGAAAUUGUUGUUUUCGAAGCUGCGCUUAACUGGGCUGAAGUUGAGUGUCAACGGCAAGAUUUACCUGUUAGCAUAGAAAAUAAACGCAAGGUCCUAGGGAAAGCUCUCUACCUGAUUCGCAUCCCUACCAUGGCACUUGAUGACUUUGCAAAUGGUGCCGCUCAGUCCGGGGUGCUGACUCUCAAUGAAACCAAUGAUAUCUUCCUUUGGUAUACAGCUGCCAAAAAGCCAGAAUUAGAGUUCGUGAGCAAUGCCAGAAAAGGCCUUGUCCCCCAGCGUUGCCACCGCUUCCAGUCUUGCGCCUACCGCAGCAACCAGUGGCGUUACAGGGGUAGGUGUGACAGCAUCCAGUUUGCUGUUGAUAAGAGAGUUUUCAUUGCUGGCUUUGGGCUAUAUGGUUCUAGCUGCGGAUCGGCAGAAUAUAGCGCAAAGAUCGAACUUAAACGCCAAGGUGUUAUCCUAGGCCAGAACUUGAGCAAGUAUUUCUCAGAUGGAUCUAGCAACACUUUCCCAGUGUGGUUUGAGUACCCAGUGCAGAUUGAGCCCGAUACCUUUUAUACAGCUAGUGUGAUACUGGAUGGCAAUGAACUAAGCUAUUUUGGACAAGAAGGAAUGACUGAAGUUCAGUGUGGGAAGGUAACUGUUCAAUUCCAGUGCUCUUCAGACAGUACUAAUGGCACUGGAGUGCAGGGAGGGCAGAUUCCAGAACUCAUAUUCUAUGCCUGAGCAAAAAUGUUUCCAGAGGAAGAGUUUGACCUGAAGUACACAUCUGGUUCAGACCUACUGAUGCUUAGCUUAUCUGCAGCUGUGAUCAGUACAGAGAAUAUGUAAGUAAAAGCUGUGGAUAGUUACUGCUUGCUGGACUUGUAGCCUCUUUGGUGAUGAAAUUUAAAUGUAACAUUCAAUUUUAACUGGAAGCUCUUAAGAGCAAGGAAGUUUCUAAAGCUUUGUCUGAGUCAGAUAUACCUACGCCCAUGAUUCCCAGCCUGUCUUGUUGGCGUGCCCCUACUCGCAAUGGAUCAGCAGAUGGACGCCCUCUUUCAUAUCUCCAAUGGAUUGUGCCCCCCAAUACACUGGAUGCUGCCUCUUUUGGUCCAUUUUCUCUUUCUGUCUCAGUUCUUUUUUCCUUCUUGUCUUUUUCUCUCUGCUUCUCAUUAUUUUUUGCUCUUGUUUUUUGCUCCCCAACUCUCCAGAGGGCUACAUGCUGCUCAGAGUCAGGGAAGGGGCUCCACAAGGCUGGGCCCCUUUAGUUCUUACAGCUGAGCCAAGUGAUGGGGCAGAUAACAGAAGCUUGUGUGUGAACGCGCAGCCCCAUAGAGGCAAGCCAGUCCCGUAUGUGGCCCGCUGUAUUGGGGGUGGCUGCAAGAGAAGAGAGGGAGGUUGGCAGGCAACAUUCAAGGAGCCGCACACUGCUUUAUACACAGAUGCAGGAUCAUACUUGCAGCCAGGGUGAGCUGGGCUCAUACAGCUUUUCCCACCAGCACCCUCUUGAGCUCCUCUGACUCAUUCCCUUCAGACUGGGAAAUACUUGUGUACACACAAACUGUGUAGGUGGCUUCGAAGCAUUUGCCCAUUUAACCAAAUGUUGCAAUAGUUAUACGGAGAUGCUUUUAAAAUUGCUCUCAUUUGGCCCACUACUAAAUAGCUGGGUGAUGAUAUCUAGCAUGAGACAAAGGAUAGGUUAAUUUCUUUUUCCAAAAUAGUCCUAGAACAUUUGGAGGGGGAUUUUUUCCCCCCUGUAAAAAUGAAAAUAAACAUCACUGCACGGUAACGUGUACUAAUCCUGAGUUACACAUUCCUUCUCUGUAAUGUGAGCUUUAUUAUAUUAUUGCCACACACUCUGACUCAGCAGAUAAUUAAAUAGAUGAUCGCAAGAAAAUUCCCAAGAGUGGACUAUGUCUGGCAGUGAGCACCAAGUGUAAUACAGUGAGGGGAAACUUAUGUCUGAGCUCUUGCAAUUAGUUUUAAUUUAAAUGUGAAAUGGAGGAUUGUGUGGUCCAAAAACUUUUUUUUUUCCCCUGAAUUACUUUUCAAGCUUUCUGUAGUCCUGUCUGUAUUUUUGGCAGGAACGGACUACAAACUCAUUGCUGUUUAAGAGGGAAGGAAAUCAGUAUAACUAAAAGAUCCAAGUACCAUUUAAACUUAAUAAAAUAAAGUCCACACUUUGGAAAAGAAACUCCUUAAUCACUAGAUUGUGAAACUUACUUACAAAGAGGACACUACCGAGGUAAUUUGUCUCACCUUUAUAAUAUCUCUGAAGUGGUUAUGUUUGCUUUCCAUAUUAUAAGCUAAAAUAGAGGACCAAAUGAUUCUUUGGCCAGGCUAAAGACUAAUGUGUGUGCUACACUAAAUAUAAUCAUCAGUUUUACAAUGGAACCGCUUUUCCCGUAUGGUUACUUAUCAGUUAAUAUUUAUUACUCCACCUACUCCUUGACUGCUGGAAUCUUGGCCUCUGGCCAUCUCAAAGUGCCGGUAUGUUUCUGCAGUGUCCAAAACAUGUUCUGGAGUAAUGACAAGUGGAUUGGAGUAGGCAUCAAAAACUCAAAGGCCAAAGCCAGUCUCUUCCCUGUCCUGUGGAUGGUGAAAAGAAGAGCGAGGGGAAGACUGUUCUGCAAGUACCAUGUUCUUUAUUCACUGUAAUGGUUACAAUUUUACAUAUGUGAGCAAAUACAUUCUUUCUGAAGUAUAAAAUACCCUCGGAAUAUAUAGAAAAUGCUUUUUAUAACAGAUGUACCUAAACUAGACUGUUAGUGAGAUCUGGACAGAAUGUUCCCUUGAAAACUGACGAUACUUUUUUUUUUUAAAGCUCCAGUUAAUUAUAUUUAGAUCUCUCAGCAACCAAAAAUAUACACGCAGUAUAAUUUUAUGGAUUGGGGAAAUAUUUAUUGAAGAGACAACGAAGGAAUGUAAGAUUGUCAUGGGAUAAUAGUCAACUACUUGUAGACAUUAUCUGAGCAGUAGUGAAUUUAUUUAAAAUAAACGUUAAAGCAAAGACUGGCCAAGUUACUGUAUAUGAAAUGGUUGACAUAGAUAUAAUGGCUCUGUCUGAAUGAUGCUUUUAUGGGGUAGAGUGUCAGAAUGCAGCUAUUUAACAAUGUUACAGCAAGUAACUGAUUCGUUUAGAACAGACUUAUGUGCCUCACAGUGGGACAAAAAGUGUACUCUACUAGUAUGGAUAAGCCAGUCUCUGACUGGCUCUAGUGUUUUUGGUGUUUUUCUUUUUAAUUUAUCUACAAAUAAAGGCUUAGCAUCUAUUAAACUGACUGGCUGGAACAGAUAGUUAUGGGAUCAAAUUAAUGUAUAGCUGUGAUAUGUAGAAAAUCAGUCUUUUUUUUUUUACUUGUUAUCCCUUGAAUAUUUUUGACAAAGUAGAAUGAAAGCUCUGCUUCUUGCUUAAUUCCUCUGAAACUGUUCCAGGUAUAAAUUAGACUUGUUGCUUAUGGUCAAAAUAUUUAAGCUUGGAUCAAUACACUUAGACACCUAAAUAAGUGGCUUGAUUUUGAGAGGGGCUCGACACCAGCAAGCCCAUUGCAGUAAAUAGAAUCUGCUGUUGCCAAAUACUUUUGAACAUCAGGCCACUUAAUUAGGUGCCUAAAUAUGGAUCUAGAUCUGGUCAACUAACUUUAGGCAUCCAAGUUUGAAAAUGUUAAUCUAUAUUUUGAAAGCAUCCGAUGUAUCAUGCUGGAACGUAAACACAACUUCAGCAAAAAGAACAUUAUGUAGAUGGUAUUUUAUGGCGGUCUUUACUACUUGUAUAUUGAUUUUGCUGGUAGGGGGAACUAAGACAGGGCAUUGUAAUGUAAUAUGCUUUAAGCAUAUCUGAAAUAGGAUUUAAAUGUUCUAAUUUCUACAUACUUAUUGCACUGAACUGUUUUUUAAAUUGUUGUGAUAAAGUCUGCUAAUUUCAGGUCACAGCACCCAGUUAUGCUUGACCUUAAGCUUACAGCAUUAUUUAUGAAGGACAGAUAUAUAAAUAUGAAGUACCUCAUGUUGAAUGUUAUUGUACUGUAUCUUUAAUGUAACAGUGCAGAUCUUGUUAGACACAUGAAUGUGUAUAAUCACAUUAAACAUAUGAAUAAAACUGGUUCUUAUA